AUGAAUUCACUAAAGUCCUUAUUGCUGUUAUCGCUCACCACGACGUUGGCUCAAGCACAUAGCCACAGCCAUAAUAGCAAUGCGCAAAAACCAAUAGUGGCUUCAUCGAGCGAUUAUACCUGCCAACAUCCCGCGUACCAGAGCCACAUAGUAUCUAAGUCGCCAUUGGUGAUAUAUCUGGCAAACUUCAUCACAGCUGAAGAACGGGCUCAUCUACAGGAGAUAACCAAAGACACAUUCUCGCACUCCGCAGUCGCCGACUCCUCCGGCGCCCAAGGCCUGCGGCAGACGCGGACCUCGCAAUCGACCAACGUGCCGCGGGACGCGGUGGUGCGGUGUAUCGAGGAGCGCGCCCUGCUAUUCCAAGGCUUCGACGUGCCGCGCGCGCACCUCGAGCCGCUGCAGCUCGUGAAGUACGGGCCGGGCGAGCGGUACCACUUCCACACGGACUGGUACACGAACGGCGCCGCGCACGCGAGCGCCGCGCUCGGCGGCAACCGCCUGAGCUCCUUCUUCGCGUACGUCGCGACGACGGACGACCUGACGGGCGGCGGGACGAACUUCCCCAUGGUGCGCGCGCCGCACGACGAGCGGUGGUGCGCGUUCGUCGAUUGCGACGAGCCCUGGGAGAGCGGGGUCACGUUCCGGCCCGUCGUGGGGAACGCGGUGUUCUGGCAGAACUUGCACGAGGAUGGGUCCGGGGACCAGGCUACGCUGCAUGCUGGGCUGCCGGUUACGAGCGGGUCGAAGAUAGGGAUGAAUAUUUGGACGAGGCAAGGUCCGCUGAGCGAGGAUAUUCGAGGACCGGAUAUUUGA